UCGUCGAUCGAUCACGGAUCCCCCCCAACCACGCUACCAGCCGAGACGAUCGAUCAAGUCUGUCAGUCGUCGCUGCAUCCAUCUGAAUUUCUUUUUGAUUCCCUACGGCUUCCGGGCUCCUUCCUCGUGUCAACUUCACUCCACACGUCCAGCAUCACGCCAUUGUUUAUAGCUUCUCCGCCCCCACAACCACACCUCGCCGACGCCCCCCGCGUGUAUAAGUAGCCUCGGGUUCACGAGCUUGCAGUUGCAGUGCGCAGUUCAGUGUGGGCGUGUGUGGUCGAGAGGCGGGCCGGGACCGGGAGCGAAGCUCGCCAGUUGAUAGCACAGGUCGCCGGCCGUGAGUCCAUCGUGUGGGUUCGUGACCACCGAUUCAUCUGAAGUCAAGAAAUGGCAACGAGCGAGCUGCCGUCGGAGUCGGACGCGUUCGCCUUCCCGUGCCGCGACGACGACGGGACGGGGACGCCGCUGUCGCCACCGGUCGUGAUCUCGGUGCUCGCGUCCAUCCUGGAGCGGCACAUCGCCCGCAACGAGCGGGCCCUGGCGGCCGCCGCGGCGCCGGGAGACGCCGCCGCCGCCGCCGACGACGACGACUCGGCAACGAGGAAGAGGGCGCGGGCGUUCGACAGCGGCACGGAGCUGGACAUGAGCGUGCACGCGUUCCUGGAGCGCUUCGCCCGGUACGCGCACGUCCCGCCGCAGGUGUACGUGGUGGCGUACGCGUACCUGGACCGGCUCCGGCGCCUCGGCGACGCCGGCGUGCGCGUGGUGCGCGGCAACGCGCAGCGCCUGCUGACCACGGCCAUCCUCGUGGCGUCCAAGUUCGUCGAGGACCGCAACUACAGCAACUCCCACUUCGCGGCGGUGGGCGGGCUGGCCCCGGCGGAGCUGGGCGCGCUGGAGCUCGACUUCUUGUUCCUGUUGCAGUUCAGGCUCAACGUCUGCACGGCCGUGUUCCGGAGCUACUGCCGACACCUGGAGCGGGAGGUGAGCCACGGCGGCUGGUACCGCGUGCAGAGGCCGCUCGAAUACAGGGCGCUCGUCGUCUGCGCCGGUGAAGCGCGGGCGCAGCACCGCCAGGCAGCGGCAGCGUAGUAAAAGCUUAGCUCUGAGUCUGAGACAAGUUUGCAGAGCUGGGUGAUCAUCUCUGUCUGCGUCAUCCGCCGGCGACCACUGGGGAUUGAGAGCUGCGGCGUCGCCGCCACAGGCACGCUGGUAGAGAAGGUGUCGGUGCCCGAAGGGCGCACGGAAUGUACUGUACAUAGAUAGCAUAAUGAGUAAUCAUGGUUUGCACUACGAGUUUAGUGGCCUUGAGUUUAGACUUGCAAGCAUUGUUCUCCGUUGGCAAUUAGCAAGUGUCCCUUUUACCAUGAUUGGAAAAAAAAUUAUAUAUUCGAAGAGGGGGAAAAAAAAAAGGUGACUGCUUCUCUAGUCUUCUCGAAAGAAGAAGAACGCUUUUAACAAGAUCAUAAACAAUUGGUUCCAGCAGCUAACAGAACGGAUUGGGAUUCUGGGUGUUUGAUAGCGAAAUAAGUAAAAGAUUAGCAUCAACAGGGACCAGCGCUAACUUUGCCAUCACUUUACCUCAAGUCACGGCUCACGAUGGAUGGCCAAAUUGCCAACCAACGAGACCAAAUGAUUCCAUAUCAGACGCGGAAAAGAGCUGGAAAAAAACGUUAUAUAUUUGCAUGAUGCGAUCGUGUUGUCGGUGCGACAUCGCCGUCAGCUAACUUUGCACAUCAUAAAAAGGCGGUGGGCACAGCACCGGCGCAGCGCAGGCACAGCAGAGGACCUCCCGCGCGCUGCAGCAACCCAUCUGCCUCGCCCCCGCGACACGACCCAUACGGUACGGACGCGCCUCCGUUUGCUCCAAGGACCAGAAACUGACGAAGCAGAUGUGAAGUGAAGAUGCCGAUGCCCCUGGACCUGGUCCAUGCUGAGGGUCUGUAGUGCAACUCUCCAAAGUCCAAACACAUGGGCAAAAAUAGCUGAGGGUCUGUAGUGCAACUCUCCAAAGUCGAAACACAAGUCCAAACACUUCAGAUCAUGUUUUGUCAUGGCAUAUGUGGGUAAUUUAAAUAUAGAUUCAUCGGUUGUGUUA